AUGAACAGCGACUUGAAGGCUGACAUCGUCGCCUGUGUCAGGAGCGAGAUGGCCAAACUAAAGGGCCAAAUAACCACGCAGCUUCAACAGCAGGCACGGCCUGCCUCAUACGCCCAGGCCGCUGCGACCAGCAGUGGGCCGGGCUCUCUUCCCAGCGUGACCACUAUGCCACCAGCCCGCGGUACAUCUAACAACAAGCCGGCCAUCGUGGUGACCCCAAAGGUAACCCCCAAAUCACGACAGGAAGCAAUCGAGGGGUUUAAGAAGAGCAUAUCGUACCGCACAGCGAAUUAUGCACCAGCUAGGGUUCAGGCAGUGUCAAAUCACAAACUUAGAGUGGAAUUUGACACAACCGAACAACGUAAUGACACCCUACAAAAGCUAAAAUCGUCUGAGCACGUAAGCGUUGAGCCGGCUAAGGGACUGCGGCCAAUGAUUAUACUAAAGGGUAUAUCCAAAGAUAUACCAGCUGAAGAGAUAGCUGGUAUUGUCAGGGGGCAGAACCCAGAGUUGAAAGAGGCUUUUAUUGAGGACGAUGACAUGCGCCUCCGAUUUAGGCGUAGCAACAAAAACCCGGGGCUAUACAACGCAGUGUUUCUUGUGGCACCCAAACUCUUUCGUAAAUUCAUUGAAAAGGGCAAAAUCAGUGUUGACUACCAGCGACUACACAUCAGCGAAUUCUCACCCUUUCUGCAGUGCCACAGGAGUCUGCAGUUUGGGCACAUUAAAAAAUGUAACAUUGAUCGUUCAAAAAAGAGUUUACAUGAAUUUAUUCUUUCUUUCAUGGCAGGUGGUUAUCAAAUUGCAUUGCUGUCGGAGCCAUAUGUUGGCUCAGGAAAUGAGGUGCGACCAACUCAGGGACUCAACAUACAUCAAUUUGGUGGAAAAGGUAGAGUUAAGGCGUGUAUACUCACUAAACCAGGCUGCGGUCAGGUGAUUGGUAUGUCACAAUACUCUAACUCAAAUCUUUGCGUUAUUCAAUUCACAAGUGGCGGUCAUAAAAUACUCAUAGCCUCCGCAUAUAUCGAACCGAAUUCAGACGAAAAUAACACAUUAGAGCAUAUAGAUAAUUUUCUCAAGAUCUCCCGAUGCCCAAAUACCAUCAUUGGCGGUGACUUUAAUGGAUGGCACCAUCUAUGGGGCAGUAAGACCAAUAACCCUAGAGGAUGUGCGGUAGUGGAGCUGGCACAUGCAAAUGAUCUCUUCGUUUGCAAUGUCGGCACCUCACCCACCUUUGAAACCGUCACACACGGCAGGGAUCGGACUUCUAUAAUAGACCUCACAUUGGCCCAUGGACACAUAUUUGACCGUGUAGUCGGGUGGAAGGUCAACCUCAACGCCUGCCCUUCAUCGCAGCAUAAUGCGGUGGAAUACGAGAUUGCGACUGAGAAUUCUUCCUUGAACUCCUCAUCGAUAACCAACUCCACGUUUAAGUACAACAGCAACAAGGCCAAUUGGGGAAUAUUCAAGGAUGCACUCCACACGCUUAUGACCAAUACAGAUAUAUUGGAGAGAGACAUCGGAUCGCUGAACACAGCUGGCUUGGAGAAAUUGAUUGAUGACAUCUGCGGGAUCAUUCAUAAAGCGUGUGAAGAAUCUAUGCCGACAAAGAAAGGCCGAUCCCUGACGAAGCAUCGCCCGUUAUGGUGGACGGAAAAACUGACAGACCUCAAAAAAGAAGUCAUCCAGUUACACCACAGACUAAACCGAAUGAGACGUCGGAAUCUGCCUCUAGACCAACUAGCAGAGGAAUUAAAUAAUAAAAAAGGCAAUAUAUGCGGAGGAACUGAGGGCGGAGUCUUCCAGGAGUUUUAG